UUGAACAAAUCGCUCGACUGAUUCUUCCCGUUUAACGUGAAAUUUCAUCUGAAAAAGAUAGUCAAUAAUUUAUACUAGUAAAAAAAUAAUAAAGAAAAUUAACUGAAAACAUCAGAAGCAUUACGGUGGUGACAACCAAUUUUUUAAUCCAUCAUUGAAAUUUUAGACAAAGUGAAUUCAAUCGUCACAUACGAAGAAAAAGAGAGAAGAGAAAAGUACAAUACGAUACGGACAGCGAAAUUAUCUGAACAAUCGCACUGAACAACUCAUAAAUUUCGCUUGAAUAUUUCAUAAACGACGAAACUUUAUGCAGCAAAAUCCAUUUUCAUUUCUCUUUGUAAACAACGUUUCGACAUGAGCUCUUAUUUUAAAGCGGUGGCUUUGCAUUUCGUGAUGCGAUAAAAAGCCAAAGGCAAAAUAUCGUAUAAAUACUUAUUACAAAUUUUUGUUUAAAAGAGCCAAUUGUAAUCAAAGCGCGUGUUGCACGAACACAAACACCUUUUUUCGGUUUUCGCUGUUUGUGCAAAAGGUGGUUAAAUUGUCAUCUACUUGAAUUAGUGUUAUUUAUAUUAAAAAACGGAGCAUAAUUAAUUUCAAAUCAACCAAAGUGGUGGGCUUUGAUGGAUCAAUCAAUCGGUUCGAUUGCAGAAAUAAAGAAUCACAAAUAAUUCGAUUAAAAAAGUCUAACACUACGGAAACCAAUAAAAUCACAGAGAUUGAAUGAACUGGACAAGCCGCGAACAAAUAGAAAAUAAAUGUUAUAAUGAUCUGUCGUUAAGGGAGGAACAGCAUCAUCAUCAGUAGAUGUCAAAAGUGAUUGUGGCAUAACAAGCGAUACCCAUAUAGAAAGGAAAGAGAACAGAUAAAGCACAAGAAACACUGCACGAACAUUGUUUUUGAAAAAGUGAACAGCUCCCGGUAGCACAUUGACUCAAAACUCACAACGAAACGGACGGAAUAAGAAACAUACACACAAAAAUUUUGUGCAUUUAACGAAGAAGCAAAGGAAGACAAAAAGAACGAAAGAUAUACAGCAUCAAUCGCACGGGUAUAAGCAUAUAACGCACAACGCACACACAUAAAUAUAUACACCGUGUGGUACUUAAGCCAAAUAACAUUCUCUACUGGUGAUUUGCCACUGCUCGCUAACAACAUCUCGUCAACAUUCCGAAGCUGAUGAAAAAGCCGCAUUUACGACUUACCAAACAUUUUAUUAGGUUCUAUCACCAUCGGCACCGUCAACAACAAUAUUAUCCAACAGCCGAAGCAACAAUACGAGCCAACAUCAGCCGUUUUAAAAAAAAAAAUACCCACACCUAACUUUUUUGUUGUUGUUGUUAAAAGAAUAGGAAAAAUAACGAGCAUUUCCAGUAUCUCUCUUCGUGAACUGUUGAACUUUCGAAACAAAGCGAUUUGUUAAGAGAGAAAGAGAGAAUUGUAACGAAAAAAAAACUGUGUGAAUUCAAGUGGUUCUUUCAGACGCAAGUGUUUUCUUAUUUUUCUCAAACUCGAAUACGGAAAAAAAAACUUUAUAGUAGCUUCAAAUGCUAUAGGUUAAAAACUAAAAUCUACUAUGUUAUCGUGUUGCAAGUGAAAGAUAGUGUAAACUUUUCCGAACGCAUCAGCAUCAAGUUCCAUUGAGUGCUUCUGAACGGGUGUAACAUUUGAUGUCUUUGCCGUGCUCAUCUUCUCAACUAAUGAUUACAUUUUCCACGACUACAUCAGCAAUGCGAUACACAUCGAAUAAUUAAAUAUAUAUACCACAUACACGAAACAAAUUCAUAUUUGUUUUCGAAAUUAAUAGCCGAAUCGGAUCGUUAAUGUCAACGAGAAAAAAAAUAACCAGUUCAAAAAGCAAUUAACACAGAAACUAGUGAUAAAUACACGGACGAUUCGCCCGGUUUGAUGUUCGAUUAAAUGUGUUAAAUUGGUCGGAAAGAAUUAAUUGCACAUGCAAACUACAUGUAGCAAACCGAGACAGGAAAAAAAGUAUCUAGGAGUUUUUUAUGCAACAAAUUGUAAAACUUACGUUUUUCAAAAUUGACCAAAAACAUUGAAAUUUACAGCGUCACGAAUCACGAACAUAAAAUACCAAAUUCAAAUCGUUUUUUUUUUCUGUUUCUCUUGCACAGAGCUAAGCUUACUUAAUUUUCAAGAGCGUGCAAAUUGAUUCGACAUGGUCAAUUGAAUGUAUAAAAAAUUGAAAACCCACCACAUAAAAGAACAAACGAUACAGAAAAAUUCUCGAAUAAUAAUUGGAAACUGCUUGAAAAUAAAAACGAAACAUUUAAAGGAUUGUGCAAUGAUUGGUCAGAGAUAAAAAUUGAAUGAAUUUUGGUAUUAUAAAAAUAAAACGGAAUAUAGUGCAGAAAAACUUACGAAAUUAAAAGAAAAAAACACUACAAACUGAUAAAUAAUUGCAAUUAAAAAAAACUGACUGAAUUAAUUGCGUUGAUGGUCGCUUGCCAGUACAAAGAGCGUUGUAGAAAACCAAAGUCAGCGCAACAAACAAUAGCAACACACUAACAAACUUAAAUUAAACGCUACAUUUCGGUCCGUUAAUUUUGUAUGGAAAUGAAUUAGACUGUUUUUAACGAAUAAAAAUACACUUGAAUUAAAAAGUUGAAACGAGCGGAAAAAGUGCGAACCAAAAAGGAAAAAACGAAAAGAAUUAAAAAAACAGAUAGAAUGUUUAUGUGCGCCACUCUACGCUACACUUGACAUAAAUUUGUUUCCAUCUGUCUGUUGCAGUUUAUCUCUACACUUUUCUGUAACAAAAAAAAGAUACUCUAAUCGGAUCUAUUUUUCAUUCGCUCCAUAUCCAAAACGUUCGACACAUUUUACAUCGUUGUAUAUCAAAGUGACAUUUGUGCAUUCAAACAGAGAAUAUUGAGAUAGCGAAAAAAAACAAUCAUACGAAAAAAGAAACACUUUAAGCGGAUUCAUUUUGCAAAUUGUGCAUAUUUCCAUUUAUUCAUACAGUUAGCGCACGAAACUCGUUGCACAGAAUUCAGCAUCGCAAUCAAAACAUUGUCACGUGUAAUAUUCAUUCAAACGAAACGAUUUCGGCGAAUUUGUAAAGAGCAGGAAAUCCAUCGGUUCUUAAGUAAAGCACCGGUAUCAUACGCGACUCAUCAUCAGUGUCAUCAUCAACGAAGAAUUACUUCCGGCUACUUCAUACAGGAAGCAUUUAAUUUGGAAAUCGCUGACCAAACGAUUUCCAAAUAAUCGCCCAUUCCUACAUCACCCCAACAUUCACAUCGCACAGAGAUUUACUUAGUUAAAUACACGCCACUGCCACAACACACCGAAAUCGUUGGCAUUUUUUUAACCCGAAGGACGAAGAGAAAGCGGUAGGCUGCCAUAUUCAGGCGAUGCAACGGAUUGCGUACCGACCGGGUGGAUCUCGCCUAAGAUGGGGAGCACGCUGCUUAUUGCUAUGUUCAUAGCAUUACAAUUUGCAACUGGCAUGGCAAAUCCGGAAGCAAAACGUCUUUACGACGAUUUACUAAGCAAUUACAAUCGUUUGAUUCGACCCGUUGGCAACAAUUCGGAUCGAUUAACAGUAAAAUUGGGACUGAGGCUGUCACAAUUAAUUGAUGUCAAUUUGAGAAACCAAAUUAUGACGACAAAUGUGUGGGUGGAACAGGAAUGGCAGGAUUAUAAGCUGAAAUGGAACCCCGAUGAUUAUGGCGGUGUCGAAACAUUACACGUACCAUCCGAACACAUUUGGUUACCGGAUAUUGUAUUAUACAACAAUGCCGAUGGAAAUUAUGAAGUGACAAUAAUGACAAAAGCAAUUUUACAUCACACUGGGAAAGUUAGGUGGAAACCACCAGCCAUUUAUAAAUCAUUUUGUGAAAUUGAUGUAGAAUAUUUCCCAUUUGAUGAGCAAACAUGUUUCAUGAAAUUCGGAUCAUGGACAUAUGACGGUUAUACUAUGGAUUUACGACAUUUAUACCAAGGACCCGAUUCAGAUAAAAUUGAGAUUGGCAUCGAUCUACAAGACUAUUAUAUAUCAGUGGAAUGGGAUAUAAUGAAAGUGCCAGCUGUACGCAAUGAAAAAUACUAUAGUUGUUGUGAAGAACCAUAUCCAGAUAUAAUAUUCAACAUGACAUUAAGGCGCAAAACAUUAUUUUAUACAGUGAAUUUAAUCAUACCGUGCGUUGGUAUAUCUUUUUUAUCGGUAUUAGUAUUUUAUUUGCCUAGUGAUUCGGGUGAAAAGAUUUCAUUGUGUAUCAGUAUAUUGCUGUCGUUGACGGUGUUUUUUUUACUAUUGGUCGAAAUUAUUCCGCCAACAUCGCUCACAGUGCCACUAUUAGGAAAAUAUAUAUUAUUUACAAUGAUGCUGGUUACGUUAUCGGUUGUGGUGACUAUUGCCGUACUUAAUGUUAACUUUAGAUCGCCUGUAACGCAUAAGAUGGCACCAUGGGUUACAAAAGUUUUUAUAGAAAUACUGCCGAAAAUCCUAUGUAUGCAAAGACCUAAAAAAGACAAUCCACCAAACGAAGAUGAUAUUGGUCCACCGGAGGUGUUAACCGAUGUUUUUCAUUGCCAUCCAGAUGUAGAUAAAUUUACACACGAUUAUAACACCACCGACUACGGGCUGCCAGUGAUGCCAUCAAGAUUUGAUGUGGCCGCAUCGGGUGGUGUUGGUCCAUGUUUCGGUGAACCACCGUUACCUGCCUUGCCGUUGCCAGGCGGCGAUGAUGAACUAUUCAGCCCGGCUGGAAACGGUGAUUUGAGUCCAUCGUGUUGUGUUGUAGAUGGCAUCAGUCCGACAUUCGAAAAACCAACGUUACGCGAAGUAGAAAAGACAAUAGAAGGAACACGUUUUGUUGCGCAACACAUGCGAAACAAAGACAAAUUCGAAAGCGUGGAAGAAGACUGGAAGUACGUGGCCAUGGUUUUGGAUCGUUUGUUUCUCUGGAUAUUUUCAUUGGUUGUUAUCUUUGGUACAGCGAUAAUCAUAUUGCAUGCGCCGAGUUUAUACGAUAAUACACAGCCAAUUGAUAUAUUUUACUCAAAAAUUGCGAAAAAGAAGCAAGAACUGUUAAAAAUGGGCACCGUGGAAGAUGUAUAACGACACGCCGGGGGUUUCGCAAACAGCCUGUGGUAUAUUGUACGAGGCUGGUUGCGUACCCUCUUUGGUAAUGUUGAACAUAAUUAAAACCGAACUAUUCGGCAUGACAAUGACACACAUACACAUACGCAUAUUUAUAUAGAUAUAA